AUGCCGUACUUCAUUAACCCGUUCCACAAACACGACGUCUCCGAGUUCGAGGGCGUGCUGAUUCCGCUCGCCGGCGCACCCCAUCGCAACACGUCGGUCGACUCCAAGGCCGCUGCCCACGAUGAGGCGAGCAAAGAGAAGGAUUCCACCGGCAGCAGCGAGUGGUCCGGUGGCCUGACUCUCGACUCCCUGCGUGCUGAGGUUGAUGCUGAUCUAGCAGCUGGCGGCGUGAACACCGCAUACGAUCGCAAAUCCAAGGUCAUCAACAAGGCCAUCCAGGACAUUGGCAUGGGCCGCUACCAAUGGCAGCUCUUUGCUCUCUGCGGGUUCGGCUGGACUGCAGACAAUCUCUGGCUCCAGGGCGUCGCUCUUACCCUCCCGCAACUCAGUCGCGAGUUUGACGUCGACGACAACACCAUCCGCUACACGACCCUGGCGCUUUUCACAGGCCUGUGCAUUGGCGCAAGCUUCUGGGGGAUCAUGUCCGACGUCAUUGGCCGCCGCCUUGCUUUCAAUUGCACGCUGUUUCUGGCUGGUGCCUUCGGUCUGGCUGCCGGCGGUGGCCACGACUGGAUCUCCACUUGCGCGCUCUUUUCCUGCGUCGGAUUGGGCGUUGGUGGCAACCUGCCCGUCGACGGAGCCCUCUUCCUCGAGUUUUUGCCGUUCGCGAGCGGAAACCUGCUUACCCUGCUGAGCAUUUGGUGGCCCGUCGGACAGUUGAUCUCGUCUCUAAUUGCAUGGGGAUUUAUUGCCAACUACUCGUGUGCUUCGGAAGGCCCCUGCGCAAAGGAAGACAACUGGGGCUGGCGCUACCUCAUUAUCACCUUGGGCGCUAUCACCUUCGCCAUGUUCGUCGCGCGCUUCUUCUUCUUCCAUCUUUUCGAGUCGCCCAAGUUCCUGCUCUCGCGCGGCCGGCAGGCCGAGGCUGUUGCCGUGGUGCACGGCAUCGCGCACAAGAACAAGGCCAAGACGUGGUUGACCGAGGAGAUCCUCAAUGAGAUAGGCGGCGACCCCGAAAUCAUGGUAGAGGGCCAGAAGCUUGGCACGGUGGACAUCAUCAAGCGCAACCUGAGCAAGUUCAGCGCGGCACGUAUCCGGCCGCUCUUCAAUGGUACGAAGCUGGGCAUCACGACGGUGCUGCUCUGGUUCAUUUGGGCUGCCAUUGGCAUGGGCUACCCGCUCUUCAAUGCCUUCUUGCCGCAGUAUCUUGGCAACAGUGGCUCGUCGUCGACCUAUCUGGUCUACCGCAACUACGCCAUCACGUCGGUGGUGGGCGUGCCUGGCAGCCUGUUCGCGUGCUACACGGUGGACAUCAAGUACAUCGGCCGCAAGGGCACCAUGGCCAUCAGCACCAUGCUGAGCGGCAUCUUCCUGUAUCUGUUCACCAUCAGCAGCGACUCCGACUACCAACUCACCUUCUCAUCUCUCGAGGCUUUCUUCCAGAACAUCAUGUACGGAGUCCUCUACGCCUACACGCCCGAGGUAUUCCCCGCGCCCAACCGCGGUACCGGCACUGGCAUCAGCUCCUUCCUCAACCGCGUCUUGGGCCUCUGCGCCCCCCUUGUUGCCAUCAACGCUGGACAGGCUAACCCGUCGGGUCCGGUGUACGCGUCUGGCGCCCUGUUCCUCGCGUCAUUUGUUGCCAUGUGUCUGCUGCCCAUCGAGACGAGAGGGAAGCAGUUCUUGUAA